AUGAAGUCCGCCACGGCCCUCCUUGCUUUUGUGACACUCGCGACGGCGUUUCAAACGUCGCAAACACCCCUCUCUCUUCAGAACACUCUCGUUCCUGUACCUGAGGACGCGGACUUCACUGGUAUCAACCUUGACUUGAACAGCCUUCGCCUUGUCCAAUUCGAGAACUGGGAACCUAUCUGGAUAACAGAGCUCGAAAAGAUUCAGGCGAAGCAACAGGGCCUUCGCUUCUUCGAUAUCACGGAGUCGCAGGAUCUCGGCUCCUAUGUUACCGAAGAUCUCCGUCCACAACACGUAUUUCCCGCGCCGAACGCCACGGAGCAAGUUCAAGGUGUCAUUAAGACCCUGACUUCGAAGACUAUGACAGAGAAUCUUGAGAAGUUCUCCAGCUUCCGGAACAGAUAUUAUCGAGCUGACACUGGGCGCCAAAGCCAGCAAUGGCUUCUGAGCAAGAUUUCCGAGACUACUAUAGAGUUCGCUCCCAAGGCCCUCCAGGAGAAGAUCACGAUCACCGAGUUCCCUCACUCCUGGGGUCAGAACUCCAUUGUGGUCCACAUCGAUGGCUCUGCACCCACCGGCACGGUUGUCAUCGGCGCGCAUCAAGACAGCACGAAUAUUUGGCCUUUCCUGCCUGCUCCCGGUGCAGAUGACGAUGGCUCUGGUUCAGUGACCAUCCUCGAGGCAUACCGUGCCUUGAUCGCGGCGGACUUCCGCCCCGUACAGGACGUCGAGUUUCACUGGUACUCAGCUGAGGAGGGCGGUUUACUCGGCUCACAAGCAGUUGCACGCGAUUAUGAGGCCCGGAAGGUCCCCGUCAUUGCCAUGAGCCAGUUCGAUAUGACUGCUUGGGUCAAGAGCGGCUCACGGGAAGAAGUUGGCAUCAUCACCGACUUUGUCGACGAAAGGCUUACCGAGUUCAAUAAGCAGCUUGUAGAUGCUUACCUGGACAUUCCAUAUGUAGAGACGAAGUGUGGCUACGCUUGCAGCGACCACGCCUCAUGGGCUAAAGCCGGCUACGCCAGCUCCUUCACGAUCGAGAGCAAAUUCGAGAACUCGAACAAGAACAUCCACUCAGCGAACGACCGUAUCGACGUCUCGCCUGAGUUCAGUUUCUCUCACAUGCUGGAGUUCUCGAAGCUCGCGGUUGCCUAUAUCAUUGAACUUGGUGGCUGGAAAGCGUGA